AUGUCGUCAACGUCCAACUUUCUUGCCGAAAUGACAAACUCGCCGGUUGUGGUCAAGCUUCAGCAUGGCCUCGAAUACCACGGGGUUCUUGCUUCCAUUGACGGCUAUAUGAACAUGGUUGAAAACAACAAGGUCAGAAAUUACGAAGAAGUGUUUCUCAGAGGAAAUAACGUGCUGUACAUCUCGCAGAAAUAA